ACUGACUGGGGGGGCGUGGCCGAGUGGAGGGCUCUGAGUGACAGCAGCUAACAUUCUUAGAGCGCCGACCACACCCCGUUGAGGUUGGCAGGCCUCUUACCCCUAUUUCACAAAUGGAAAAACUGAGGAACACAGAGGCUUAGCAGGUGGCCUCAGGUCGCACAGCUGGGGCCGGGUGAAGCCCGGAUGCAAACCCAGGCUCUCCGGCUCCGGAGUCUCUGCUUCUUGCUAAAGCGACUCUCUAGGUCUGAGUUGGGAUCUUUGAAGGAGUGGAUUGUGUUUCGCUUGAAGAAGAGUUUUAGGGAUUUGGUGGCACUGCUGUCUGCAAGCAUUUGAAGUGAAAAAGGGAUUGAUCAUUACUGGUUCUGUGAUACUCCAGUCGGCAGAAGUUAGGCCCGCCGAGAGAAAACGCUUUUGAAUACUAGAGGCGGGGUGUAGAUUGGUCCUGAAAUACAGGAUGCAUUGGCAGGGACACCCGGGGGUUUCCCGUGCUCCUGAAGACUUCCUGACAAAGCUCAAAGAUUUCUUGCCGCUGAAGUUGCCCGUGAACUGCGGGGAAAGAUGGGUCUUUGAAUUUGGUGACCCUCGAAGAUCCUUUCAGUGCCAAGAUCUUUGGCGUGUUCCAGUGAGAGUCACAGACCUCACGGAUUUCCUUCGUGUUCCGUGUGUCACCACAUAAAUCUUUCUACCUCAUGGUGGCACCUCCCUGGCGGGUCUUGAGAGAUUGCAAUGAGAUAAAGCGGAUACAGCGCUCAUUAGAGCUCAGCGUCGGAACACUCUUUUUAGACUUGGACAUGGCCUCCUCCAAGAAGGUUACCCUGUCCGUGCUCAGCCGGGAGCAGUCGGAAGGGGUCGGGGCGAGGGUCCGAAGAAGCAUUGGCAGACCCGAGUUGAAAAAUCUGGACCCAUUUUUACUGUUUGACGAAUUUAAAGGAGGUAGACCAGGUGGAUUUCCUGAUCACCCGCAUCGAGGUUUUGAGACAGUAUCUUACCUCCUGGAAGGGGGCAGCAUGGCCCAUGAAGACUUCUGUGGACAUGUUGGUCAGAUGAACCCAGGAGACCUGCAGUGGAUGACCGCGGGCCGGGGCAUUCUGCACGCGGAGAUGCCUUGCUCGGAGGAGCCAGCCCACGGCCUACAGCUGUGGGUUAAUUUGAGAAGCUCGGAGAAGAUGGUGGAGCCUCAGUACCAGGAACUGAAAAGUAAAGAAAUCCCUAAACCCAGUAAGGAUGGCGUGACAGUUGCUGUCAUUUCUGGAGAAGCCCUGGGAAUAAAGUCUAAGAUUUACACUCGCACACCAACCUUAUAUUUGGACUUCAAACUGGACCACGGAGCAAAGCAUUCCCAGCCUAUUCCUAAAGGGUGGACAAGCUUCAUUUAUACCAUAUCUGGAAAUGUGUAUAUUGGGCCUGAUGAUGCACAACAAAAAAUAGAACCUCAUCACACGGCAGUGCUGGGGGAGGGUGACAGUGUCCAGGUGCAGAACAGGGUUUUAUCAAUGCCGAUCCCUCAUCGUCAGGAAUCGCCUGAAGUCUCUAUUGUUUAUCCCUAGAAAUUUGAAUCUGGAGGCAACAUGUGCUUCUUUGUCUCUUAAUUUUCUUUCUUUAUACAAUUGAUUUGUUUGUGCCAUCAGUGAAAAUGGAUCAACCAUCUAGGAGUAUAAAUACAGAUCUCCAUGCUCACAACGAGCCCUUUGCAAGUCGAACUGAGAGGAGCAUGUGAUGCGUUUCAUAGUCCUUUGGUGUUGAACCCCUGCUUCUUAGAGUUUCCGAUAUUUCUAUUUCAUUCCCUUAAGUGAUUAUCUCACUCUCUUGUGAGCCUGCUAAGCCAGUCUGAUGGCUUUGUGUCAUUCUAAUCAAGAGGAUUGAAGAGACGGUUGUGCAAAAGCUCCUGACAAGAUGAAUUUUGAAAAGUAGGGGUGGAAACGACUUCGGUGUGCAGGUGACUGGCAGAGAGGCGAUCUGCCUGCCUCGGGCCGCUCUGAUCCCGGUGUUGUGGAAUGCAGUGGAUUUGAAGAAUUACGGCAUCUUCGCCCGCUUUUUUGGCAGCUCACCUAUGGAGUAAAUAGAAGGGAAACCUCAUGAGCACCAGAGAAAAUGUGCAUAUCGGGGUCCAUGCACCUCGAUUAUUAGGUUGAACUGUUUGAAACUGCCACUUUGGACCCACAGAAAUGGUUUCGGGCCAGUGCAGGAAGGAGGCCCAGAAGCUGCACACAGACCAGAGCCAACUGGUCGUGGAUUUGUUUGUCACAUUAUUGGGUUUAACUUGACGCCUCGAUUCUUCCUAUAAUCUAGCAGAGGGCACAUUGCAGAUGACAAGGAUUUGGAAACUGGAAUGAACCACCAGAAAGAGUUGCUGAGGGGAGCCAGAAAGGCGGC